GCGGUUGCCUCGCGCGGCGGUGACGUCAGAUCUCAGCGCCCGGUCUGCCGCGCGUGCGUCUGUAGGGCUGCCCGCUCCUUUCCGUCGUGCUGAGCCCGCUGAAGAGUCGCCAUGAGCAAGGCCCACCCUCCCGAACUGAAGAAAUUUAUGGACAAGAAGUUAUCAUUGAAGUUAAAUGGUGGCAGACAUGUACAAGGAAUACUUCGGGGCUUUGAUCCCUUUAUGAAUCUUGUCAUUGAUGAGUGUGUGGAGAUGGCAACUAGUGGGCAACAGAAUAACAUCGGCAUGGUGGUCAUACGAGGAAACAGCAUCAUCAUGUUAGAAGCCUUGGAAAGAGUCUAACCAGUGGCUGUUCAGCAGUGGAGUUCACAUACUUCCCCGAAGGACUGUUUGACUUGGGUGUAGAAUUGGGUCAUGUACAUUUUCAUUAAAAAAAAAAAAAGCUUUUUGCUAAAUAAAAAUAAACUUUUGUAAUACUCA